AACAGAGUCACGUGAUAUCGGGAACGCAUUACGAAGAUCCACAAAUUAGCCAAUCGCAGGCUAUUUCGAAUUAUACACACUGAUGGUACGUCCGUACAUUGGUGGUUGGAUCCAUAUAUUAUUCUUAAUAAAUGCAUCAUUUCGUAAUCACUGCUGAUCCAUUAUAGAAAUUUAAUGAUAAAUGGAAGCUUAAGGUUAACAGUAGAAAAAUCAUGUGUUUAUCUAUCGAAUAUUUUGUUAGCGAUAUAAAUGAUCUUUUGCCUUCCCUAAUACCAUUUUAAUUCAAGAACCAGGAAAGAUCACUUGUGCACAUUACAGAAAUGACACUUCAAUUUAACAUUUUUACUAUAUGUUUAAUAUUUAACAUAGCGUUAAUUGUGUCCUCGAAAACAGCAGAAAACUUAAAUAAGAACAAAUUUGAGCCAUGGAGAUUAAGUGAUAACAUCUACAAUAAUCCAUUUCUUCGUAAUUCAGGCAACAGUGAAAUGUAUAAAAAGAAUCCUUUCUUAUCAAAUAUUUCAAUGUUGUCUGUUUCAUAUAAUGGGAAUAGUACUGAAUUGAACAAAACACCUGUAAAUAGCAAAUCACUCAAGGUAUUUCCCAUGAAUGAUUCAUAUCUUAGCACAAGUAUGCAGAAUAAGAAGGUAUCAAUGGAUAAAAUUCCAAGUAUAACAAGUCCAUACAUAGAUUCAAAAUCAAAGUCAGAACUUAAAUGUGAGGAAUAUGAAAGACAGAUCUUAGGCACAACAAAUGCAUUGUCUUUAGUGGGUACAAAUCCAGAGGUGAUUACAAUAACUAAUCAAAAAUGUAAGACCACAAACCAUCUUGUCGUUGGAGGUAUCGAUGCUUCUCCUGGAGAGUUUCCUCACAUGAUUGCUUUAGGCAUUAAAGCUUUAGAUGGGUCAUUUAUUUUUUCAUGCGGUGGCACUCUUAUUGCUCCAGAAUGGGUACUUACUGCUGCACACUGUACUUAUGGGCCAAGAAGCCCUACAAAUGCUCGUAUUGGUAUGUCUAACUUGAGAAAUAAUCAACAAGGUAUCACAACUAAGAUCAACAGGAUAGUACGACAUCCAAGUUAUAAACCUCCUGCUAUGUAUGCUGACAUAGCUCUUUUAAAACUAAGUACAGCUGUUGCCUUUAACAAUGAAAUAAGACCUGCUUGUUUAUACCAACGAUAUGAUACUGUGCCUAUGCAAGCAUGGAUCAGUGGUUGGGGAGUCACGGAAUUUGAUGCAGAAGAAGAGAGUGAUAAACUGCAAAAGGCUCUUCUUAAUAUUGUUGAUAACAUAGAUUGUGCAAUAAAAUACAAUGAGUCCAUAUCAAUAGCAAUACCAUAUGGAAUUAUGCCAAGUAUGAUUUGUGCAGGAGAUACUCUCAGUGGUUGGAAUAAAGAUACUUGUCAUGGUGAUUCAGGAGGCCCCUUACAAAUACCCCAUCCAAGAAAUGAAUGCUUAUUUCAAGUAUUAGGUAUUACCAGUUUCGGACAAGGCUGUGCAAUUGUCAAUACACCUGGAGUAUAUACUAGAGUUUCACACUAUCUUAAUUGGAUCGAAGAUAUUGUUUGGCCAUAAAUUUUGUUUUGUAUCAUUAAUGUACACCUUAGUUUGCAAAGAUAAAAAAUUGUUUAUUUUUCCAGCAACA